AUGUAAAAAAAAAACUAUGUCGACAUUGAAAGUAAUAAAAAAUCGUAUAAGAUCAGUGGGGAAUACAAAAAAAAUAUCCCAAACAAUGCGAAUGGUAUCGGCGGCAAAAUAUGCAAAAACAGAAAAAGAAUUAAAUGUUGUACGUCCUUUUGGUAAAGCAGCGAUAAAAUUUUACGAAAUAACUGAAAUUAAUCCACCAAUUGAUCCUCAAUCACAAUUGAUAAUAGCGCUCACUGGUGAUCGUGGUCUUUGUGGAUCAAUACAUUCGGGAAUUGCAAAAACAAUAAUCAUGGAUUUUCAACGUUUACCACAACUUUCGACAAAAUUAAUUUGCAUUGGUGAUAAAACACGUGUAAUUUUAUCUCGUGAUCAUUCGGAGAAAAUUUUAUGGGUUGCUUCUGAAAUUGGUAAAAAGCCAAUGACAUUCAUUGAUGCUGCAUUAAUUUCACAAAAGAUUUUAAUAACACAAUCUAAUGAUGAAUUUCAUCAAACACUCAUCUAUUAUAACAAAUUUCAGAAUGCAGCUUCCUACAAUGUUUCUUCAAUUAAUCUUUACGAAUCUCAUGCACUUUAUAAAUCGAAUCGAUUUCUUUUUUAUGAUGAUAUAAAUCCUGAGACUAUUAAAUGUUGGUUAGAAUUUGCAACAGUUGCAAUUAUUUUUUGGCUUUCAAAAGAGGGGAUCACGAGUGAAUAUGCAGCACGUAUGAAUGCAAUGGAAAGUGCAACAAAAAAUGCUUCCAAAAUGAUUAAAGGAUUAAUUUUAUCCUACAAUCGUACGAGACAAGCGACAAUAACAAAAGAAUUAAUUGAAAUUAUCUCCGGUGCUAGUGCAGUGGAAAAAAAGGAUUAAUUUCAAAUAUUUAUUCAAGUGCAAAUUAUAUAUAUUUAUAUUCUUUAAAUUUCCUUUUGGUUCCGAUUUCUUUGUUUUACAGUUUUUUUUUUUUUUUUUUUUUUUGCAAUUACUGCAAUGUUUUAAGUACCAAUAAAAAAAAAACCUACGCUAAGGAGCAUUAUUUACUCCAAAUUUUCUCAACAUUUUUUUUUUUCAUAACAAUUUUAAGACGUCAUUUAUUUAUUUUUAAUCGCAUUUGCACAAAAAAAACGCUUUUCCAGUUGCCUCAUAUCUUAAUCUAUGUACAACACCUUUAAAAGUGAGAUGUAAAUUAUGAAUUACCACAAUAUAUUAAAAAACAAAACAAAAAGAAAAAUGACUUGAGCUUUACAAAUGCAUUUUGGCUGACUAUAUGUGAUAUAAACACAGAUGCUUUGAAAAAUAAUAAUUAUUAAAAACAUAAGGGGAAAAAAAUCAAAGCAAUUACUCACAACACAGCUUUUUUUUAAACAUAUUUCGAACGCGGAAAUUAAAGAUUAUAGCUUAUCGAACAUUUCCCAAAAAAUCCCAGUCAUACCGAUUCUAUCAUGACUUUCGCUCGCAACUAUCUCUCUUU